UUGCGCGAUAUAUGUCGAGCCGUCGUUGAAAACUAUAUCAGCAAGAUAGUUUCUUUAUCUUCACUUUCCUUGAAAGUGCUUCUAUCGGCGUACACCCUGAUGUACGUGCGUGCCUACCAGGAGAGAGUGAAAUAAGGGAACACGAUGGAGUCCAAAAGUACGGUUCAUCGCACGACGAAACUCGUGUUCACUCUGUUCGGCAUAUGGCCGGGCAUGUCGUACGUUCUCAUCUGCAGGAUAUAUUGGUUCAUCAUAUUGAUGUCCGACGAGAUCUGGCUCUACCGGUAUUUCCAAUCGCAUUUUCAGCUUGAGAACCUGCCGAAUCUAGUGGACUGUCUCAGUGCAUUUAUGGCGCAUAUGAAAGUCCUCACUAAAUUGUUCGUCUUUUGGUUUAAUCAGCAGAAAUUCGUCGAGAUCUUGACAAUGAUGACGGAAGACUGGAGCGAGUGUGCCGACAACGACAACGACUUGCGUGAGACCGCGUGUAAAGCGAAAUUGUCCGGUCGCAUCACUGUCGCUAUGUUAGUCCUUCACGUGUUCAACGCCAUUACAUUCUGCAUCAAUGUCUUCUUAGCGGUAUCCGAUGUCGAUAUCGACGACAGCGACUUCGAGCUACCCUUCUUCUUGAAAGUGGAAUUUCCUAUGCGCAUCAGUUCACUACGCACAUAUAAAGUGAUGUUGAGCGUGCAAUUCGUGAACCUUCUGUUCAUCAUCAUCGGUACUGGUAUGGUGAAUGCUCUGCUCUUAACUUUGGUUUUACACGUGGGAGGUCAAAUUAACAUCCUGUGCGCUUGGCUGAAUAAGCUUGCACCAAAGAAGAACGAAGGAACGGACAAACUCGUGGUAGUUAUGAUAAAUAAAAUUAUCCGGAAGCAUCAGCGGAUUAUCCAGUUUUCAACGCAUAUCGAGGAUUUGUACAGAUACAUCUCGUUCGUACUAUUUGCCACAAACACAACGAUGAUCUGUAUGCUGGCGUUCCUCGUCUUAACUUCGCUCAACAGUCCCGACGCAACUGAGCGGGUAUUGGGGUCUCUUCUGUUUUAUACUAUUACGAACCUGGAAUCGUUCAUAUUUUGCUUCGCGGGAGAAUAUCUGAGGAACAAGAGCAAAACGAUCGGGGGCGCAGCGUACAAUUCGACGUGGUAUGACCUGAGGCCCAAGGAUAGUCGCGUUUUGUUAUUUGUAAUAUUAAGGGCAAAGAAGCAAUUGUCGCUCACGGCCGGCAAGAUGAUGGAUCUUUCUUUGGAGAGCUUCGGAAAUAUCAUGAAAGCCUCGGCGUCGUAUAUGUCGGUGCUGUUGGCGAUGCAAUGAACGUCGUCGUCGUCUUUGGUUUGAAUGUUCCCAAGCGAUAUACUACUGUGAUCAAAAAGUAUCGGGAAUGAUUCAUUUAAACUGCGCGCGUGCAAGAU